AUGUUCCAGCAAGGUUGGACCACUGGUGCUCUUCUGUUCGAGAAAGCCGCCGUCUGCAACGGUCCCGCGAGUCUGGCGGAGAAAUUGUCUGCGAUUCCGAAAUGGGAACGUCCCGCUUCGCCGUUAACGGACUAUACUGACAGCUGGUUCGGGAGACUGCUCAGUAUUCGACCGCUCAAUGGCACGGCGUCUGAUGAUAUCGUGGUGUCAGACGAUGCCAAUGCGUAUAUAGAGUCUCGUCCUGGGGGUCUCAGCCAUCCGAGGAAUACGCUGUUCAAUAAUAGUGUCGGCGAACUAUUGGCGGCGAAACCGACUUCUCGUGCAUAUCGCGGCUGCAUUUGCAAGCAGAAGAAGAUCUUGGAGGGGAGUGGCAAGUCAUCAUGGCUGGGAGGACGUCAACAAUUAGAUGGCCAAAUGGCGUUAAGCUUUGGGGUUAGGGUACUCUGA